UUCAGUACGUCGACGCUGUCAGGGUGGCAAAGAAAGAGGGGACGUAGGCUCGUUUGAGAAAUAUUAUCAAACCCUACAUGUGUGCUUUAGUUGAUGUAACUGUCGUGUUUUUGUGUUUAAAUCCAGCCGUGUUUCAUCUACGUUACGGCUCCUCUCGUCACACAUCUGACGAAGCUUGAUCCCGGGUUUUCAGCACCUGGACAGCUCCCGGUCGCGAGCCUCUUCUCCUUAUUAUCGGGCACAUGGAGUCCCUGGUGUGAUUGUGGGGGAAGCCCUGCAAGCACAUCAUGCCUCCCUCCGAAAUAGACGUCGUUUUUUCCCUGAUCCAGUGACAGCGUCGUCGUCUCUGCUGAACGAUGCUGCUUUCAGUCCGGAGGAGGUGUUUUCUUCGUGCGCUGUCUUACGGGUGCUCGGCCAACGCAAAUUUGGGGGGAAUCGCAGCCUACACACAGCAAGAUCCGAGCUUCCUUCAGACUGAUCAUCACCAUCAUCAUCAUCAUUAUCAUCAUCGGCGAGGAGGGAGAUAUUACCAUCAUCUCUGCGAGGGCAAAGGAGUCACGACAACACUUUGCACGAUGUAGAGCUCGAAAACAGAAGAGGAGUGGUAGGAGCCAAGUCUCUGCAGUGGUGAAAUCACACUUCACACUUGGGGUCGUUUAGCGUGGACGUCUAUUUGCAGUGACAAGGCCUCAACAUGAGCAACCCUCAGGCUCCUCCCCAGGCCCGAGCCUCAGAGCUGGAGGUGAUCUCUCAGCAAGUGGAGGAGGACAAUCAGUGCGUGGCCCCGGCCCAGCUAGUCAGCUUGGCCUACAGAGACUUGCCUUUGGCCGCCCUGGAUAUUUCCCUCGCUGGAUCUCAGCUCAUCUCAAACCCGGAUGAAGAGGACAACAGAGAUGGGUCAAACUGGUUGAAACCAUGCUGUGGGCGCAGGGCAGCGCUGUGGCAGGUCUGUCUGCUGUCGGCAGGCUUUAACUGUGUCCUGGUGGCCUGUGUCAUUCUGGUGGUGCUGCUGCUGACGCUGGAGCUGCUCAUAGACACCAAGCUGUUGCAGUUUAAUAAUGCAUUCCAGUUUGCCAGCAUCAUCCACUGGAUCAGCCUGGCUAUCCUCUCUGUGUUCUUCACUGAGACGGUGUUCAGGAUCGUGGUGUUGGGGAUAUGGGAUUACAUAGAGAACAAAGUAGAGGUGUUUGAUGGAGCUGUCAUCGUCCUUUCUCUGGCCCCCAUGGUGGCCUCCACAGUGGCCAAUGGCCCCAGUAGCCCCUGGGACGCUAUCGGUCUCAUCAUCACACUGCGCAUCUGGAGGGUCAAGAGGAUCAUUGACGCCUAUGUGCUGCAGGUGAAGGUGGAGAUGGAGUUGGAGAUUCAGCAGUAUGAGAAGGCCAAAGCAGUGAGAGAAGAGCAGCUUGACCGUCUCACCCAGAUCUGCCAGGAGCAGGCGUUUGAAAUCAGGCAGCUGAGAGCCCACCUGGCCCAGCAGGACCUGGAUCUGGUAGCAGAGCGUGAAGCAGCCAUGCAGAUCCACCAUAUGUGGGGUAAACAGAGCAGCAGCUUCCAGGAGGUGGACGGACUGGCCCCAGGGGCCUCUGAGUCUCAUGGGCCAAAUAAAGCCAGAGAGCCCGGGGGGCCUGCAGAUCACCAUGGGCAAGAUGACAUGAACAACUACAUCAGCCAGUACUACAGUGAGCCUAGCAGUGAUAUGGGGAUCCCAGACCCUGCACGCGUCAUCACCACAGCAGCCAUAGAUGUUCACCUGCCUAAUAACCCCAGCCAGCUCCCCUCUUCCUUGGUGAGUGCUGAUGCGGUGCUGUCCAGCCGUCUGCAGCGGACAGGGAGCUCAGUCAGCGAAGCCUCCACCACCACAGUGUCCCGUACUAGCUUCAGUGCCCGGCAGCACAGCAUCAGCAGCCACACGCUAGGCUCCACCACAGACUGCAGCUCCACUGUGCGCGAGGCCUCCACCUCCACAGAUUACAGCGACCAGCGCUGCUAUCCGCCACCUUACAGCAGUCCUCUCGCUCUAGGCACCCAGCCGCGAGGGAGUCCCAGCGCGGUGGUGCAGGAGCUGCUUUCCUCUUUGUCUGAGGACUCCUGUCUCACACAGAAGGGCCUGGACCCUGUUAAUCUGAAACCACCCAGCCCAGCAGGUUCUACCAAAACCAGCCCUGAGCUGGAGCACAGGCUCAACAUCUACAACAAGAGGAACCAGGAGAGCAGAGUCGGGCUGCACUCUAAACCUCUGAUCCACCUGCAGAGCACUGAGCCUCUUCUGGAGGAGAAGUACAGGAUGAUGGAGCCAGUGGACGCUCCUGUCAGCCGCCUGUCAGAGACAUAAAGACUGCCUGAUGAGGUGACUCUUUCCUCGGAUCAACUACAAAAAGUAACGCCCUACUAAACGCUGGUGUUUGUGGUCCCUGGCACAAACCGCGUGUUCUCUUGUUACUGACAGGACUGAGGGGAUGAACCAAACACAGCAGCACAAAAACAAAAGAUGGAAAACUGGACACGGCAGACUUUUUACCAGGCUCCAUUUAUCAGGAAUCGACUCUCACAAAAAUACUUUUCGAGUUUUAUAAAAAAAUAAUUACAGAGAGAAACCAGCAAAAGGGCUCAAGCCCAACAUUUUCAGACUACCGCAGAAAAAUAUCUGGCUUUUGAUGUGACGAGUUGUGAUUUCUUUCAAAGAAGUGAAGAAUUUGCUGAAUGGAUCAAAUUAUAUAUUUAAAGGUCAGAAACUGUGAACAACUUCCUGCAAGCUAAAAGGCAUGGAUCUCUCACAAGUGCAGUGUAUCUGCUGUUUUAAGUCAGUGUAAUGUCUCCAAACACAUUGAACAGUCCUCUUUGACUGGACUGCAGCAGGGUACAUCAGAUCACAUGUUCUUUCUAACUUUGUCUUUCUAUAAUAGCAAUGUUAACAUUUUUAUUCAAAUUCUUUUCACUGGUGGAUGAUUAAAAAUAUUCACAGUUUUUAUCUUGGUGCAAUGACUAAAAUCAGUGCUUACUGAGAUUUUGCAAAUACAGCAUGCCCUUCACAAACCUAUUUAAUUAAAAGCCUACCUGCAUAAGUUAGGCUACCUGAUAAUUUUAAUAUCAUUCAGGUCUAAAAAGUUACAUUUUUAGUGAUUUUAAUGUUAGGAUGCUGUGUUAACAAUCCAGGAUGUGUUUGAUCAGUUAUAUUGCUGGCAAAAAUGUGAGGGGCAAGAAAAUGUUG